AUGGCAGAGAAGAAGAAAGAAACCCAGCUCCAGGCCAUAAUAACCAAUCAAAAACAGUGGGAUGAAAUGUUGCUGACAAAUGGUGUAGUAGUAAUAGAUGUGUAUCAAGCUUGGUGUGGUCCGUGCAAAGCUGUGGUUAAUUUAUUCAGAAAACUGAAGAAUGAGUUUGGUGAAGACGAUAUGUUGCAUUUUGCGGUGGCAGAGGCUGACAGCAUUCCAACUCUGCGACCAUUUAGGAAUAAAUGUGAACCUGUGUUUCUUUUUUGUGUUAACGGCAAAAUUAUUGCAAUAGUGAGAGGUGUAAAUGCUCCUCUUAUAAGGAAGAAAAUAACAGAGCUAGUGCAAGAAGAAAGGGAAAUUACAGCUGGGCAGAAGGAACGCACCGAGGUAGAUGAACUUGUUUUCCUGGAAGAGAAAUCAUCAGAAGAGACUGUUGAGGAGAAUGUACCCAAGGAAGUCGUCAAAUAUUCUGUUGGAAUCAUAAAACCUGAUGAUGUCUUAGAGGGACGCGUAGAGGAAAUUAAAAAAAAGAUUAGAGAUGCAGGAUUUGGCAUUGAAGCAGCAGAGGAGAAAAUACUAACUGAGGAGCAAAUCAGAGUAUUCUAUGCCAGGAAUAAAGAACAGCCUGAUUUUGAUGAUUUUGUUCAAUUUAUGAUGAGUGGACCAUGCCACGUUUUGGUAAUCACUAAAAAAGAAGCAACUGAUGCUAUUCCUCACUGGAAAGAACUGCGUGAAUGGAGUGAAAGUGUGCCUGAUGAUCUUGAGGCUGAGAAGCCAGACAGGUUGGAAGGAACCAUGGAAACGGAGAGUAUAGUAAAUAUAUGUGAUGUGCAAGACAGUGUAGAAGAUGCCAGCAGGCAACUUGCCUUCUUUUUCCCAAAUUUUGAUAAAAAGAAGACAGACCAAAAAGUUGAAAAAACUUUGGCCUUAAUCAGACCUUCUCUCUUAAAGGAAAGACGGCAUUCUAUUAUGCAAAGAAUAAAGGAUGAUGGCUUCAAAAUAGCAAUGCAGAAAGAAAUAAUCCUAUCUGAAGAACAAACACGUGAAUUCUACAAAGAGCAUGAAAAUCAAGACUACUUUCCAGUCCUUCUAGAGCAAAUGACCAGUGGUCCAACUCUUGUACUUGCUCUAACACGAGAAAAUGCUAUAGCGCACUGGAGAGAUUUGUUAGGCCCAAAGACUGUUGAAGAGGCUAAGAAGGAAAAUCCAAACAGUUUACGUGCAAAGUAUGUGGUUGACAACAUACCUAUUGAUCAACUGCAUGGUAGUUCUACACCCGAUGAUGCUCAGAAGGAAUUACAGUUCUUCUUCCCUCAGGAGCACACGCUGGCAUUAAUCAAACCUGCUGCUGCUAGGAAGCAUAAAGAUGACAUUAUGCAAAAAGUUAAAGAUGCUGGAUUUACCAUCUCAAAGAUUAAAGAAGAAGCUUUAACUCAUGAAAUGGCUACACAGUUUUAUAAGGACCACAAAGGAAAACCCUUUUUUGAACAAUUAGUUAAUUAUAUGACUGAGGGCCCAUCGGUGAUAAUGAUCUUAUCAAAGGAAAAUGCUGUGGAAGAGUGGAGGCAACUAAUGGGUCCAACCGAUCCAGAAGUGGCAAAAGAGACCUCUCCUGAAUCAAUUCGAGCUCAGUUUGCACAAGACAUUUUGUCUAAUGCUGUUCAUGGAUCAUCUAAUCGAGAACAUGCACUGAAAAGUAUUGAGUGUGUAUUUGGAGAGAUUGAUAUAGAUUGA